AUGACCUCACUUCACCCCUUCGAUCCUAUCACUCCUGAGGAGAUCCAACUGGCCGUGAAUAUCUUGGAAUCUGCUUUCCCGGGCGUCAAGUUGCGGUACAAGCGUAUCGAUCUUCAGGAACCAGCCAAGCAUGAGACAGUCCCGUACAUUGAAGCCGAACGGCUAGGCAAGCCACUCCCAGCUAAGCCUGUGCGUAUCUUGAUGUCUUAUUUCCACCGUUUGGACAAUGGAUCAUUCUAUAAGGCCAUGUUGAACGCAGAUACCAAGUCUAUUGUGUCGGCGAAGGAACUUCCCAAAGAAGUUCAGGGCCCCGUCGAUAUCGAUGAGAUGAUAGAGUUGGAAGAGCUCUGUCUAAGCCACCCUGUUGUCCAGGCAGAGAUUGAGAAAUUGAAGCUUCCAGCUGGAAUGACAGUCGCCGUAGAUCCUUGGAUCUAUGGUACUGAUGAUCCUAAAGAAACCCGUCGGUUAGUCCAGUGCUACAUGUACAUUGUGGCCACAGAUCAUGCCCAGAGUAACCAAUACUCUCUGCCAUGUAAAUUUUCACCAGUCUUUGAUGGUAUUGCUCGCGAUCUGGUUCGUGUGGACUAUCUUCCUGGUGGUAUAGACUCCCAGACUAUUGAGACACAGCCCUGGAAGCCAGUUGCUGCCGUUCAGUAUGCACACGACCUUCUAGAUGUGCCGUUGCGCACCGACCUUAAGCCUUAUAUUGUGCAGCAACCCGAGGGAGCAUCUUUCUCGGUCACUGGAAAUGCAGUCUCAUGGCAGAAGUGGCGCUUCCGCGUUGGUUUCAACAACCGCGAAGGCUUGGUCCUCCACAAUAUUACAUAUGACGGUCGCAACACAUUCUACCGUCUUUCGGUUUCUGAGAUGACCGUUCCAUAUGGAGACCCCCGUGCUCCCUACCACCGGAAGCAGGCAUUCGACGUCGGUGAUGUUGGUUUCGGUAUCACAGCCAAUCAACUCUCGCUUGGCUGUGACUGUCUCGGCCAUAUUAAGUAUUUCGAUGGAUAUCGUACUGAUGCCAAGGGGACACCCGUCAAACUCGAGAAUGUGAUCUGCAUGCACGAGCAAGACAACGGCCUCCAGCACAAGCACACCAACUACCGCAGCGGUGCUGCAACGGUUGUUCGUAACCGCCAGCUCGUAAUUCAGAUGAUCUGCACCGUCGCAAACUACGAAUACAUUUUCGCGUUCAUCUUCGACCAAGCAGCUAAUAUCGAACUCGAAGUCCGCGCAACCGGUAUCCUGUCUACCGUUCCCUUCGACCACGAAAACGGCGAGACCGUACCAUGGGGUACAAAUGUUGGCCCGGGAGUGAUGGCUCCAUUCCACCAGCAUCUGUUCUCCGUGCGCAUUGACCCGGCACUAGAUGGAUUCAAGAACACCAUUUAUUAUGAAGAUAGCGUCGCUAUGCCUGAGGAUGAAUCGAACUCAUGGCUCGUCGGCUAUACUUCCCAGAAGAACACUAUCAAAAAGAGCGGCAGUGCAUUCACAAGCGUGGAGAAGCACCGCGUGUUCAAGAUCCGAAACGAUAGCAUCAUUAACCCCAUUACGCACCACCCCAUCGCCUAUAAAUUGAUGACUUCACCCGCCCAGAUGAUACUCUCUUCCCCCAAGUCCUUCGGACUGAAGCGAGCGCAGUUUGCAACCCGCCCAAUCUGGGUCACGAAGUACCAAGAAGAUGAGCUCUUCGCAGCCGGCGAGUUCACAAAUCAGAGCAAGAGCUCUGAUGGCGUCGAAGUAUGGGCUGGUCGAGAUGAUAUUGUGGAGAAUGAGGACCUUGUUCUAUGGCAUACUUUCGGUCUCACUCAUAACCCUCGCAUUGAGGAUUUCCCCGUCAUGCCCAUGGAGCGAGUCAGUAUUAUGCUAAAGCCUGAUGGGUUUUUCACUAAGAACCCGGCACUGGAUGUCCCACAAUCCGCACAAACCUUUAACCAGUCCACUUUGCACCCGGAGCCAUCGUGCUGCGCUGCGCCGAAGGUGAAGCUAUGA